AUGGGAAAGUGCCUUGCCCAUAGUCGACCCACCAGCAAUGACGCCUUACAGACCUGGCUGCUGGCAACCGAGUCCACCAGAGAGCAGUCAACAGACCAGAACAUACCCGAGCGUCCUUGGCUUUCCAUCACGAACGGCUCGACAACCACAACGCGACGUGAUCUGGGGUCGGCAAGAAAGAGGACAAUGCUGGCAAGAUCCUACUCACACCUUCCUCAUACUAGUCUGGCAGUAAUCAAGACAUUCGAUCCAGAUACUGAGGGCAGACGGAGAAAUGAACUUCCAUCGGUUCGAGACCGUUCAGGAUCCCAGACCUGGGAUACCGUGGACAUCAUAGUGAACGGUGGCGAGGACGUGUUAGGCUGCUGGGUUUAUCCAAUCCGGCGCACAUUCACCAGAGCGAUGGAGUUGUACGGUUCCCGCGAAGCUAUCAAGACUGCUGCACAGCAGAUUCGCACAGGUAUCGAGGACCCGAAGUUUGCUGUUGUGCAAAAUUCUACUUUCGUGUCCGAGUUCGAUUGCGAUACCUUCCGCGCUGCGGCGCUGCUCAUCUGA